AUGGCAGAGAGCUCGAUAGCCUACCUUUCUUUGAGAUGCUUUCGCUCCAGACAGUUCCAGCAACGGGCUCGAACGGAUUGUUUGUUCUAUGAAGACUAUGGAUUCCUCAAUUGUUCCACCAAAAACUGGAUCCGUCAUUUCAACGCGUGCCAAUCCUUUGAUGGCUCGAAUAUCCAGGACUUGGGCGACGACUUCAUCUCUCAUUAUGUCUCCUUAUUCACUCCAAGUGGUCUCGACGCUCCUGGAUGGAUGUUCUUGUACUUCAACCGGCUUCGAGGAUCCUUCCACGUUGAUCGCAAAGCAGUGGUCCUGGUCGGAGGCUACAAAGUAUUCGAUGCGGCUAUGUAUUUCGAUCACGUCCGACUCCUGGUCUAUGACCUUGGUCAUAACACGUACCCCGAUUGGUUUCUAUUCUUUUCUGCGGCAGUAAAAAAAGCUACGAAUUGUCUUCAGAAUCUGGCCGCCACGGGUCAUGACGUCGACGCCCAAGACGAGUCUGGUGCCACCGCACUUUGCCUUGCUGCUCGUAACGCACUGACCAAGGCAGUGAAUCUUCUUAUCGACUACAAUGCAGAUGUGAACCUGAUCGAGGGGCCAGACAAGAUGCCGUUGAGUUACCUGGCACUCGUGCCUGGACAUAUAAAGCUUGUGCAGCGGAUUAUCUGCCGAGGUGCAGAUUUGAACAGUACUGUUAUCAAGCCAUCCAGCAUCGGAGCAGCAACAAUCACGCCUCUAGCAUGGAUUUCACAGAUCCAUUAUGGCAGAAGAUUGGGACGUGAGGACUCUAUCCGAAGAUUGGACGCUUGGCUUGAGAAAUUCGAUACCUCAGGCUUUAGAGAAGUGGGCAAUCUCUUGCAGAACAUGGACCUUUUUGCGGCAGAUGAAUUUCUGGACGCGUACAAUGGGAGCCUGGUUAAGUUUUUUCUUGAUCGUGGAGCCCAUAUCGACGGCGUCGACCCCAGCCAAUUCUCUGAGGGCCAUCGAGGACCCAUGACCUCGCUGGAAUACGCCUGCCACUAUAUAUCGAAGGUAUCGACUGACGAGGUGUUCUGGAACGCCUUAUUUCUCUUAUACGGUGGUGCAAAUAGUAGACUCAACGCUGAGACCGGAAGUUGUGCCCUGGACUGGUUGAUUCGCACUCCGCCAGAGUUGGGAUCCAUGGAGCGAUGUCAUGGCAUUCAUCAUACUUCUGUGGAUUUUGGCUGGAGGCGCUGCAAUGCACUAGCCAUAAUCUUACUGAAGCACAAUCCAGCAUCGGACUUUAUCAAUAACCCAAUCUCGAGCAACACUUUGCGAACCCGACUGCACUCGUUAACUGCUUCUCAUAAUGUCAGCUAUCGCGGUCUAAAAGUCAAACUACUGCUGGAUCACGGAGCUGAAGCCAACUAUCAGGACCUGCACGGGAAGACGCCGAUGCAUUAUCUAGUCUCCCACACUUCUGAGAAGUCGGGCUUACGUGCAAUCGCAUCGAUGUUGAUCGGUAAAGGCGCCGAGCUGGAGGUGCGAGAUUCAUUUGGGAGGACACCGGUCCAUUACCUCAGAUCUCCGUCUCUGCCUAAUAUGCUGGUCGAAAACGGCGUUGAUAUCGAGUCCCGCGACCAUCAACGGAAUACGCCUUUUCAGAAUAUUCUGAUUGAUCGAUGGCACCAAGCAGCUGUCCUGCUGCUCGGAAGAGGUGCUGCAAGUGGCGCUGAACCUCUACUGGGGCGCAACUUCGAUUCCGAACAGCGCGACCGGGAAACUGGUGCAACCUUCAUGGCCUAUGUAUCAGUAUGUCAUGCCCAUGAUGUUGUGGGAACUCUAUUACGGCGUGGUGCAGACCCUAAUGCGCUUCCCAAUGUCGGUGCAGCCGACGUAGAGAGGUACCUCGACCGGGUGGACUUCAUGCAAAUCGAGAACAAGUGGAUUUCCAAAACUGAGAGGCUGGAAGGUCGAGCUUGGCAAACUGCGGGCUUUGAGCGACGCCUACGGUAUGGAUGCGCAGAUUAUGGCGACGAAAGACCACUCCACCUUGCAAUGCAUAACCGAUAG